GAUUUCUGCCUGACUAUUACUUGGGCCGCGGGGAUAUCCCACCCUUUUCUUCCGCGCGAUUGGAGGAUAUCGGCUAGUUUUCUGGAGUUGGAGGACUGAAAUCGGAAGGGUGGUGUGUGCAAAUCUCCAGGACUCACGCACCAGGCCAGUCGCAGGUUUUGGCCCGAGGCCUGGGUUACGGGCAGCUAGUGCGUGGUUGGGGCCGGUGUGAGGCGGUUUUAGAAAACUGUUAUAAAACAAAGCAACUGAUGGAUAAAUCAGGAAUAGAUUCUCCUGACCAUGUGACAUCUGAUGCUAUGGAACUUGCAAAUCAAAGUGAUAACUCUUCUGACAGCAGCUUAUUUAAAACUCAGUGUAUCCCUUACUCACCUAAACGGGGGAAAAGAAACCCCAAUCGAAAAUUUGUUCGUACACCUGAAAGUGUUCACGCAAGUGAUUCAUCAAGUGACUCAUCUUUUGAACCAAUACCAUUGACUAUAAAAGCUAUUUUUGAAAGAUUCAAGAACAGGAAAAAGAAGUACAAAAAAAAGAAAAAGAAGAGGUACCAGCCGACAGGAAGACCAAGGGGAAGACCAGAAGGAAGGAGAAAUCCUAUAUCCUCACUAAUAGAUAAGAAGAAACAGUUUAGAAGCAAAGGAUCUGGAUUCCCGUUUUUAGAAUCAGAGAAUGAAAAAAACCCACCUUGGAGAAAAAUUUUAACGUUUGAGCAAGCUGUUGCAAGAGGAUUUUUUAACUACAUUGAAAAACUGAAGUAUGAACACCACCUGAAAGAAUCAUUGAAACAAAUGGAUGUUGGUGAAGAUUUAGAAAAUGAAGAUUUUGAUAGUCGUAGAUACAAAUUUUUGGAUGAUGAUGGAUCCAUUUCUCCUAUUGAGGAGUCAGCAGCAGAGGAUGAGGAUGCAAAACAUCUUGAAGAUAAUGAAUGUGAUAUCAAAUUGGCAGGGGAUAGUUUCAUAGUAAGUUCUGAAUUCCCUGUAAGACUGAGUGUAUACUUAGAAGAAGAGGAUAGUACUGAAGAAGCUGCUUUGUCUAAAAAGAGAGCUACAAAAGCCAAAAAUACUGGACAGAGAGCCCUGAAAAUGUGACAGGAUCAUGAAUGUCAAAGGUGAAGCAUAUAGAAAAAACAACUUCAUAGAAAUGAAUAAAGAUGAUAAAUGUGGAGAUAUAUAUACCAGUCUGGUGGUGAAGAAAUGCUGAAACCCAGAACUUUAUAACAAAAAAAAUUUCAACCCUGUGAAGAAGUUUGUGAAAGAAACUUGUGAAGUAGUAAUAAUUAGAGGAAAAAACCAUUAAAACACCAGAGAAAAUACAUAGAAAAA